AUGCCGCCCAAAUUCGACCCGUCCCAGGUCGUCGACGUCUUCGUCCGCGUCACCGGCGGCGAAGUAGGCGCGGCCAGUUCCCUCGCUCCCAAGAUCGGUCCGCUCGGUCUGUCUCCGAAGAAAAUCGGAGAAGACAUCGCCAAGGAGACCGCCAAGGACUGGAAGGGUCUCCGCGUCACCGUCAAGCUCACCGUGCAGAACCGUCAGGCGAAAGUCACCGUCGUCCCUUCCGCCGCUGCGCUGGUGAUCAAGGCCCUGAAGGAGCCCGAGAGGGACAGGAAGAAGACCAAAAACAUUAAACACAACGGGAACAUCUCCCUCGACGACGUGAUUGAGAUUGCGAAGGUGAUGAGCCCCAGGUCGAUGGCGAAGGAUCUCAGCGGUACGAUCAAGGAGAUUUUGGGGACCUGUGUCUCGGUUGGGUGCACGGUCGAUGGGAAGGACCCGAAGGACUUGCAGCAGGAGAUUACCGAUGGCGAAAUCGAGGUCCCGCUUGAGUAA